AUGGGCCGGGGCAACGGGGAGGCUCACUUGCAGGCUCCCGCUGAACUGCGUUCGCGCAUAACCGACAACAUCGUCUAUUUCGCCCGUACCUUGCGCAAGGCAGGCGUCCCGGUUGGUCCGGCGUCGGUCGUGGACGCGGUCAGUGCUGUUGAGGUCUCCGGCAUUGAAAACCGUGACGAUCUUUACUGGACACUGCAUUCCGUAUUUGUCCGCAAACGUGAGCACCGCGUCCUGUUCGACGAAGCUUUCCGGAUUUAUUGGCAAAGCCGCGGGCUGAUCGAAAAGAUGCUCGCCAUCCUCUCUCCGGUUGCACCACCACGCGGCGCACCGGAAAAACCGAAAGCAGGUCAGACCCGCGUGUCCCAGGCCUUUCAGGCUGCCAAGGAUCGCGUGGCGCAAGAAACAGUCCCCGAGGUCGAGGUCGAUGCCAAAUUCACGGUGUCCGGCAAGGAAUUGUUGCAGAACAAGGACUUUGCCCAGAUGACGGCGGAGGAAGUCGCAGCGGCAAAACGCGCCCUGCGCGCAAUGGCCUUGCCUAUGGACAAGAUCCGCUUGCGGCGCCUUGCUUCUGCGCCGAAAGGACGGAUCGAUCCCCGGCGAACAUUACGAGCCUCCAUGCGCGCGGGUGGUGCCAUCAUCGAUCUCAAACAUCGCAAGCCGGCUGAAAAACGCCCGCCGCUUGUUGCGCUUUGCGACAUUUCCGGAUCCAUGAGCCAGUAUUCCCGCCUGCUUCUGCACUUUUUGCAUGGCAUGACCGCGGAACGGCGCGAUGUACAUACAUUCCUGUUUGGCACGCGAUUGACCAAUGUCACCCGGCAGUUGCGCAUGAAAGACCCGGAUGAAGCGCUGGAGGCAUGUUCUGAAGGCGUGGAAGACUGGUCGGGCGGCACCCGAAUAGCUUCGGCGCUGCAUGAUUUCAACAAACACUGGUCGCGCAGGGUUCUGUCCGGCAAGCCUACUGUUCUGCUGAUCACCGACGGUCUCGAGCGGGACACGGAUGAGGAUCUGGAACGGGAAAUGGACCGCCUGCACAGGUCAUGCCGGCACCUUGUCUGGCUCAAUCCCCUGCUUCGUUUCGAGGGCUUUGAAGCCAAGGCCAAGGGUAUCCGGGCAAUGCUGCCGCAUGUCGACGAGUUUCGUGCAGCUCAUUCCCUCGAUGCGGUUGCCGAUCUCGCCGAGGCUCUCGCCGGCAACCGGAACAUCUCAACAAGAUUGGAGCCGAAGAAGUGGCUUUGA